AAUGGAGGAGGUAUAAUUCAAGCGAGACCAUAAAGAACAAAACAUACACAAAAACCCUCUCGAGUCUCCGAGCAGCAGCAGCAAAAGAGAGAGAAAAUGAUGACAGGUGCACUUCAAUUGCCAAGAAGUGUCGCAAUUACGACAUAUUCAUCUUCUUCGAAUUCAAAUUCAAAUUCAAGCACUGCAAAUUCCGACGAUUUUAUUCCUCGACGAACACCAAAUGACGCUCUUCAUCUCUCUUUCUCCAAGCCUUCCUUCCUCGUCCGCACUCAAUCAAAUGUUAGAAGAGAGAUUAGAAGAAAACCGGAGCCAUCUUGCGUUGUUUGUGAUGGAAGUGGGAGAGUUGGUUGUCAUCAUUGUCAUGGAAGAGGGAGAACAAAUUACACAGAUUUAGUUAUGCUUCCCAGAGGUGAAUGGCCGAAAUGGUGCAAGAUAUGUGGUGGCAGUGGUCUUGGAGACUGUACUCGUUGCCUUGGAACGGGAGAGUACAGGGAUAUAAUGGGCUUUCAUUUCAUGAAGAGGGAAUCUAACCAUCCUUUGCAAGAUAAGCGUCAAGUUGAAGGAAAUGUUGAGCAUCUUACCAGUGUGGAUUUACUUUCACAAACUCCCUCGGAAGGACAGCAAUAGUAAUCUAGUAUUAGUGUAAAUUGCUAUAACAGUUUGGAUUUCGCCUUCAAUGAAUCCGAUUUGCAUAUGCUGGAACUUUGGAAA